UAAAAUGUUGAAAAAAGCGCCGUGCCUUUUCGGCUCGGCAAUUAUUUUGGGAUUACUGCUCGCCGCGGCGGGAGUUCUCUUGUUAAUCGGAAUUCCAAUCGAUAGAAUUGUAAAUAGACAGGUUAUUGAUCAAGAUUUUCUCGGCUACACACGCGACGAAAAUGGUACAGAGGUACCGAAUGCAAUGACAAAGUCGUGGCUGAAACCAUUAUACGCAAUGCAGUUGAAUAUUUGGAUGUUCAACGUGACAAAUGUUGAUGGAAUCCUUAAAAGACACGAAAAACCGAAUCUUCACGAAAUUGGACCUUUCGUUUUUGACGAAGUACAAGAGAAGGUCUAUCAUAGAUUUGCUGACAAUGAUACCCGAGUAUUCUAUAAAAAUCAAAAAUUAUAUCAUUUCAACAAAAAUGCUUCUUGUCCAACGUGCCAUUUGGAUAUGAAGGUUACAAUUCCGAAUAUUGUAUUUCAAAAGCUCAUCGACGCGGCUGAUGUGACAAUUUUUGGAGUUCGAAUCAAAUUUGCUAUUGAGUCAGUGCUAAAAAUGGUCUCCGAGGCUCCGUAUAUUACGGUAAAAGUAAGCGAUGCUCUAUUCGACGGAUACGAAGACCCGAUAAUCGAUAUCGUUUGUAAAAAUAAAAUUCUUCAAUUCCUCUGCGAAACGAAUUCUCUUCAGCGGAGAGUUGGAUUCUUUUAUGGGCAAAAUGGAACAACAGACGGAAUAUACGAAGUGGAUGCUGGCGUGCCAUCUCCAUCGAAAAUCGGUCAUUUAUACACGUGGAAUAAUAUGACAGAAAUGCCCGAAGGAACAUGGGAUACUAAAUACGCACGAAUGAUUAACGGAACCGAUGGACAAUUGUUCAGUCCGAUGCUGAAACGAGAAGACAGAUUGACGAUAUUUGUGCCGCAAAUAUGUAGAUCAAUUCAAAUGGAAUACACAAAAGAUGUCGCUGUGAAUGGGGUUCCUUCGUGGAGAUAUGCACCACCUUUGGAUCUUUACGAUCCUGCUCUUCCGCAGAAUCGAGCAUUUUGUAAUAAGAAUGGAAUGCCGCGAUAUUUUGAUAAUACUACUGUGCAAAUUGAAAACUGCCUCCCUGCCGGUCUUAUCGACUUGUCACGAUGCCAAGCCGGCAAUCCACGUGUCUAUCUAUCCAAUCCACACUUCUACAACUCACCAAUGGAGCUGUGGCAUUCCGUCACUGGGCUCUCGGUGCCAACUGCUUCAAAUGACCUGACUGUUGUAGAUAUUGAGCCAACUGCCGGCGUUCCAACUCAAGCGAAAAGAAUUAUGCAGAUUAAUGUGGGAAUGGUCAAGGGAUCCUUGAGUGUCACCGAAAACACGACAAACGUCGUUGUUCCAGUCCUUUGGAUGAACGAAACUGCGUAUUUCGAUCAAGGAACUCGUGAUCAGCUGAUUAAUAUUUUCAACGCAAAACAUUAUUCAUUUAUUGGAGGUGUUAUCAGCUUGUCACUUGGUCUUAUCGCCUGGCUUGCCGUUUUUGUUGUAAUCAUUGUUUAUUCGCGACAAUCCGACGAAGAAGAGUACGGACGUCUUGUGCUGGAGGAUGAGGACGAAGAGCCUGCGCAAGACGAGAACGCAGUUUUGGCAUAAAUUUAAAAAUUUAAAUCAUUUUUAAUCAUAUUGUGAUAAUUUCGAAUUUUUGAUGCAGGUUGCAAUAAUUCUGGUGCUCACACGACUUAAUAUGGCACUUUUUCUUGUAAAUAUUAAUUGAAUAAAUGAUUUUUUUCG